UACGCGUGAGAGACGUAAGAGAAUAAGUAAGGUUGGUCAUCCUCCUGCUUCCGAUCGGUCUUUCCUUUCAGUACAGCAAAAUGGCUGAUCAGACUGAGCGUGCGUUCCAGAAACAGCCCACGAUCUUUCUUAACCGAAAGAAAGGUCUGGGCCCCAAAAGGCGGAAGCCUAUGAGGUACAGCCGCAAUGUAGGUCUCGGCUUCAAAACACCCCGCGAGGCUCUGGAAGGAACCUACAUUGACAAAAAAUGCCCAUUCACUGGCAACAUUUCUAUAAGAGGACGCAUUCUCACUGGAGUAGUGCAAAAGAUGAAAAUGCAGAGGACUAUUGUUAUUCGUAGGGAUUAUCUUCAUUAUAUUAGAAAAUAUAAUCGUUUCGAGAAGCGUCAUCGUAACAUGAGUGUUCACCUGAGUCCCUGCUUCAGGGAUGUGGAGAUCGGUGAUGUAGUCACUAUUGGAGAGUGUAGACCACUCAGUAAAACGGUCAGAUUUAAUGUUUUGAAGGUCUCCAAAGGAACUGGAUCGAAGAAGAGUUUCAAGAAGUUCUAAGAUCACAAAAGCCACGGCUUGGGAAGGAAUGGAGGCUGCUGUGAGCGGAAAAGGGAAAGAUGUUAAUUACCAUCUUGAUUUGUAUCUUACAUCGCAAGUUGACAAAUAAAAAAAAUUUCUAGAUA